CUGUCCAACAAAGCGCCGAUUUCAGCGUUAACCUGCACCUGUUCUACAUUCCUGGAGAGCUAUAUAUACAGAACCUACCUAUCCUUGUCCAAACGAAAAAAAAAAAAAAAAAAAAAAAAGCUUCCGAGACUAUUCGCCUACCAACUGUCACUGAGAUCGAGGCCUCGACAGAACUCAUAAGCACACCAGACAAAUACACCAAAGUUGUCGUCCGGGUGCACGAGAAUUUCGCAGUGAAAAUGGGUCCCAGUGUACCCCUCAUCGAGGCGGAAAACAUGAAGUUCCUCGUCGCCAACAGCAAGGCCAUCUCCCUGGUGAUACGCUUCAAAAACUAUUACCGUCCCUGAACACGGUGGAAAAAGCCACGAUAAGCAAGUUGAUUAAAGACGCGAUGACAGAGCUACGGAGCAUCCGGCCACCAGAUUACUUUGUCUGACUCUGUGGCGCGAUCGACUGGUGCGGAAUAUGGUUGAUCGGACUCUGAACGGCCACCGCACUGUUUUCACCCGCACGGGGGACCGACCUGCAACCGAAGAAUAUCAUGGUUGAAAGACUUGGAAAUGGCGAAGGGGGGCCCGGACUGGGAAAGUGCUGGAUGGUAUCCGGAGUUUUGGGAUUUCUGUAAUGCUACUAUCGCCUGUCGAUUUAAACCCGACUGGCUUGAGCUU